AUGGUGGCAUCAAUACGCAAAAGAUCAUAUACUCUCAUCGAUCAAAAGGAGGAUAGUGGAGCACAGUACGUGGUCCGGCCGCUCAGUCGCGCCGAGGACGAGGACGAAGACAGCAGCGACUACCUGGAGCAACAUGAGAACGGGUUGGAGCCAGAAGAAGACAUCGAGGAAGACGAUGAGGUCGAGGAUGAAGAGGAUGGAGUGGAAGAAGAGGAGGAGGUGGAUGAAGAUGGCGGUGGCAAGGUGGAGGAUCCGCCCACGGAGAGGAAGAGGGCAGAUAGAGACGAUGAGGAGGAUGAUGAUGAUGAUUCUGAGGACAGCGAUGUCGAUCAUGAGAGACCUCCCAAGAGAUGA